AUGGCGAAGCGGAAGAAGGAAAUUGAGGCGGUGAAGCGUAUUGGGGAGCGCACGCGCAACAUUUCCCUACCUGUUGCCCACCUCGGAGCCAUUCUGCUCUUCUGCGUCACGGAGCUCGCCAACAUCGAUCCUAUGUACCAAAACUCGCUGCAGUCCUACAUGUCCAUCUUCCAGGAGGCGUUGAUGAACAGCGCCAAGUCGAGCGAGGUGGAAGAGCGCACCGAGGCCAUCAACACCACCUUCAAGCGCAGUCUGUACCAGCGAAUUUGCCGGUCCCUCUUCGCGCGAGAUCAGCUGCUCUUCUCCUUCACCAUGUCGCUCAAGAUCUACGAUGUGGACCCGACGCUGUUGCGCUGGGUGCUGAUGGGCGGCUUCGAGGAGGAAGACCACCACGCCGUGCCGAACCCUUUCACGUGGCUGCCGGAGUUGAUCUGGAAGCUGUUGCGCCGCGCGGCGACGCAGUUGGACGGCUUCGCUCACUUGACGGAGCUGCUGCAGCACUAUGAGAUGUUCUUCAUGGACUUCCACGAGUCUUCGAACCCGCUAGAGCUGGAGCUGUCCGGUGUGCUGAACGACGGAGUGCUGCAACGUCUCGCGCUCAACAGUCCGCACACCGCGCCAGCUUCGAUGUGA